CAAGCAUACCUAUUUUUUAUUUUUUUUACACUUGGCUCUUGCUGUCUCUCAUCAACUCUUGAUUGACCUUCAAAAAACAAAACCACCUCCAAGAGAACCGAAAUCCGAAGUCCCCCCAGAAGUCAAGAUGAAGUUCUUCUCUAUCCUCUCGGCCUCCGCCUUCAUCGCCGGCGCCGUCUCCGGACCCGUCUCCGGACCCAUCGCCGCUCCCGUGGCCGGCGCCGUAGUCAAGCGCGAUGACAACAACAGCACCGAAUGGUACCGGUUCAAGAUCAAGGCUGAUUUUGAUGGCAUCGAUGGCAAAUGGCUCCGAGCCGAAUCCAACGUCAUCGGCGUCUAUGACAACGGCCUGGAAGGUAACGCGAUCCAGGUCCUUCUCGGCGACGGGGAGAACUCCGAAGUUGUUAGCCUGCCCACGUAUCCCGUCGGCAUUGUCGAGCACGCCCUCGGCCUGGUCGGCAAAAACGGAUACCUCGAAUUCCAGGACCUGACCCAGCCCUCGGGGCACAACACCGACGACCUCGACCACACAGAGACGUACAGCUGGAAAGACUUUGCUCUCGGCGAGCCGGACUAUGACGACCUCCGCGAGCUGACUUGGGGUGUCAAGGAUGCCAUACCCGGGUGGAUCGCCCUCCCCAUCGGUGAUAAUCAAUGGAAGAUCAAGAAUUACGACGGAGACGCUGUUGUCAUCCAAAAUUACGUGCCCGUUAAAAUCAUGGCUCAGCGUUGGGAUCACGAGUAGGCCGGCUGUCCCGUGGUCUGAAAUACGUCCUCGUCGCCAGGCCGACUAGCCAUGUAUUUCUUCUCUUCAAUUCGUAUGCGCAUCGUCGCUGGGCCACCUCAAGGCUGCUAGGGAUUCAAAUCCGGCGUUGGAAACUGGGCGC